AUGGCCAACAGCACUCUCGCCCGAGGGGGCUGCCCGGCGCCCUUUAUUUCGUCGGGCUUGUUUCCGACCGAUGAAGGAUAUUGGGUCUACCCUGAUUACUUUGACACUCUGACGACGGCAGCCAACUGGGUAUGUGUUGCAAGCGGUGCAUGCUGCCUCUUCCUCCUUAUAUCGUGGGCUUUCUUGCCCGUCGAAAAAACCUACAGACAUUAUCUGAGCAUCUGCCUCACGAUCGCCGUCUUGAUUAUGAACCUUGGCUUCGUUGUUCCACUUGCUGCUCAGCCUGAGCAAUGCUAUAAUGAUAUCACUCCUCACAGCAUGAAGUCGAGCAAAGUCUGUGGUGCAUCUGGCGCGUUCCUCCUCCUUGGAGGCUGGGCAGGUGUCAUGUGGGUUUUCCUACGGUCGUUGUCCCUGCAUCUCCAGAUCUGUUGGCAAGUCGUUGUUGGUCGGAACUUCAUGAUCUUUGCUCAAGUCACCGGCUGGGGCAUUCCAAUUAUCGGCAUCGUUGUUGCCCUUGUCUUCAGUGGCGUGUCGUUUCGGUUUGGUGCCACUUGCCAUAUCAACCACAAGAACAGUCUGGCGGAUUUUUGGAUACCUCUCCUUGUGUUUGCGGGCCUCACCGUUAUCAUUCAGUUCGCCACGUUUGGAUACUGCAUCAAGGUCUAUCUCGCAUCUCUGGCCGACAACAGUGCAUCGACCGAAGGUUCAAACCUGCCCCAAUACUCCCAAAGCGUCCGGACCAUGACCCCCCGUCAAGCAUACCGACGAGUACGACGCGUCAUUCAACUGCAGUGGAGAGGCAUCGCCAUCGUUCUGAUCAUCAUUGCCGACGUUAUCUUUUUCUCUGUCAUUUUUGUCUUCCAGGACAAUACUGUGCAGGCUGUGCAUGAUGACAAAACUGUUGCCGAGGGCUGGCUUCUCUGCCUCGUAUCAAACGGCGGCGAUAGAACCAAGUGCUAUGAUAAGGCCAAGACGCUGGUUGUCAAUGAGGCAACCAUCGCCGCUGUCUUGGUUCUCCUUGCAAUGAACGGCAUUUGGCUGCUUUUCCUCCUAGGCCGAUGGGCUAUGGUCCUCGGCUGGGUUGACCUUGUCACCUCGUUCCGAGGCAGGAACAAGAAAGAAUUUGUGUCGGUGGAUGCCCGAUACGACGUUAAGAAAGAUACCCGUGCGUACGAGAUGCUGUCGAGAGACUCGAGCGCUGUUGUAACACCAGUUUCCCCAGUCAAAUCACCCGUCGUGAGUCCAAACAGUGGACGAAGAACCCCCGACUACUUUGGGCAGACAGCCCGCUAUCAGCCGCCGAUGCGGUCCUUCUCAAGCCCCCGGCCGCCGCAAACACCACCCACUUGGGAUGCGCGAGCAACAUACGCUCGGCCCGAAUCGCGAGCCCGACCGGACGGCUUCGAAGACAUGAAUCCACUUGGGAUGAACAGGAUAUAA